AUAAUCUUCUUCUUCUUCUUCUUCUUCUUCCUCCUCCUCCUCCGCCGUGUUCUUCCUCCUCCUCCGCUCGACCCACUACCAGUAGGAAACUGCCCAGAAAUAAUAAACAAAACGCAACCCAUAAUGGAGAAACUCAAAAACUGAUCAUUAUUCUGCGCCGUUGUUCUUGAAUUUUCAUGGUUUCUGGUUUUACGAGCUUCAUUUUUUUUUUGUUUGUUUCCUUUAUGUUAGCGGCUUGAACCCUUUUCAGAGAUUGUCAGAACAAAAGCCGAAAUAGAAAACAAAAAAAGAUGAAUUAGAAAGCAAAAGCAGAAAGAAACACAAAUCUAAAUUUCUCUGUUUUUUUCCUCUGUUCUUGUCGUCCUGUUCCUGCACGUCUGCUUUCCUUUUAAUCAGCCUUUUGGAGCGCUAAACCCGGGGGAUGGAUGGAUGGAUGAAUUAACGAAGCUUUGAUUCUCUGUUUCUCUCCUUUUUUAUUCACUUUUCACUAAUGGAAGUCACCCAAAAUCUGUCCAUGGUAGUUUCCGAUCAUCUUCACCAGUUCUUGUCUUUUCCGGUGAGUCCCAAGUUUGAAUUCCUUAAAUGGGUAGCUGUUUUUUUUUUUUUCUUACUGGGUUUCGUGUUGUGAUUCCAGGGGAAUUAGAUCUUGAAGUUGAAUUAGCAAUGGGCGGUGGCGGUGACGGUGGCGGUGGCGGUGGCUGUUUACCUUCUCCGAUGAGUAAUAACAGGAAAUUGAGUUCGUCUUUCUUUGGUUCUCCGAGAUUGUUUAGAAGUUCUUCUUCAAAGGGAUUUUCCGAAACAGAGGCUAUAAUGAGUCCAACUUCAAUUCUCGAACCAUUUUUGGGUCUGAGAAGUUCGUUUUGGUCGGAAUCAAGUUCGCCCAGAACGCCAUUAACAGAGUCCAAACGGCCGUGGGAUUCGAAAGGGAUCGGUCUCGGCAUUGUCGAUGCUCUAACGGAGGAGAAUUCCGAUCAGAAACCCACAAAAUCUGACACCAGAAUGGUUCUGUUGGGAUCUCAAUUAAAGAUUCAAAUUCCUCCUCUACCGCAGUUCGUUUCUCCGACCGACGAGUCUCCAUUAUCGCCGGCGGAAUUCGGGAUCAAGACGAGGAAUCCUCAUCUGGGUUCCUUAUCCCCUGUUUCAUCUCUGUCUCCAGCGAAGAAAUCGUCGAGCUCCGGCCAUGAAACUCCAACUUCGCCUCUGGUUUUCACCGGCUGUCUCUCCGCCGACGAAAUCGAACAAUCAGAGGACUACACUUGCGUGAUCUCUCACGGCCCAAAUCCUCGAACCACUCACAUAUUCGGCGAUUGCGUAAUUGAAAGCGGCGCCGGCGUAUAUUCACCGGCGAGAAAAGAAAAUGGGUAUUUCAGAGAUCGAACGAGCUUUUCCUCUGAAAAUUUCCUCAGUUUUUGUUACAAUUGCAAAAAGAAACUCGAAGAAGGCAAAGAUAUUUACAUUUACAGAGGCGAUAAGGCGUUUUGCAGCCAUGAAUGUCGAUAUCAAGAGAUGAUGCUGGAGGAAGAAGGAGGGGAUUGAACGAACAAACGCCAUGGAAACUGCUCGAAUCUGAUGAUCAUUAAAACAAUGGUGGGAUUUGAUUUGAUUUUCUUGGAUUUUCCCGGAAAAUGAUUCCUUGUGCUCUGUUUUCUUGUUCUUUCUGGCUACACUCACGGACCCAAAGGCCGGAUGAUGUACAAUUGGAAUUUUGUUUUAGGUUUAAUUACAGAAUUUUAUUUUCUAAUAAUUUCAAAAUUUUUACCUUUUUUACUGUGGCAA